AUGAGGCUGUCACACAUCCUCAGCCGAGAUCAAUGGCCAAGUCAACUGAGCUACCGUCAGCAGCUGCCGUGGAUCGUGUCGCCUCUGGACCUUGACACUGCACCCACGAGUUCAGAGCACGAUCCUGCUGGGCCAGGUACCAAGCAUGCAAGUGCAACAACCGCAGUACGGCCAGAACAGCUCCAACCCCAUAUUGAUCCAGAUCUACCGCGGUUCAAGCAUCAUCACGAAUCGAGCACUGUCGAAUUGUUCUACGACUUGUUUUUUGUUGCGAACUUGGCGACCUUUACCGCGAAUCAUGAAAUCGUCAAUACAGACUCCUUGAAGAACUACGUUGGCUUCUUCACUAUUCUUUGGUUCACCUGGCUGGAGACUUCCUUAUUCGAUGUCCGCUUCGCCACCAACUCGGUCUUCACUAGACUGUGCAAAGCCAUCUCAUUCGGCGUCAUGACAGGCUUCGCAGUGUGUGGCGCUAGCUACGGCCGGCACGAUAUCAAUGUACUCCGCUUGCUAUCGAUUCUCCUCAUGAUCUCCAGGCUCACACUUGCUACGCAAUACGGAGUCGUUCUCCUCUAUGCCCGCAAGUAUCCACGGACACUACUGCCUCUGCUACUGACCAUUGUUAUUCUGUCUGUCUCGGCCGUGGCUUUCCUUGGAACUUUCUGGGUGCACGAUCCUGAGGGGGUCAAAACCAAAGCGUACAUUAUACACUAUGUCGUGUCUUGUGUUGAGGCGACAGCUAUCAUUACAGUCUCCUGUACCUGGCGAUUUGUUAGUUUCAGGCAUACGCACCUGGUGGAGCGUAUUGGGCUACUGUCGCUCAUAAUCAUGGGGGAAGGUAUCCUCGGUAUCACCAAGAGCCUCUCGAAAAUCUUCCAAAAUGUCAAUUCGGUGGCAAGUGAUGAUGUGGGAGUGCUCGUGUCUUCGGUUCUCCUGAUCUAUUUCAUCUGGAUCCUAUAUUUCGACCAAAUCGACCAUGACCGUUUUGGAACGAUACGUCAGCAAAUUUGGGCUUUGAUUCAUUUCCCUUUACAUGUGGCUCUUGUUCUGACGGCUACUGGUAUUGCUACCAUGAUCCCCAUCAACAUUAUCAUAGGGCUCAGUAACGAGUGGUACCAUCUGUGGUACGAUCUCUACUCUUCGGAAGAUGACAACGGGCAGCUGAUUAUCAAACCUACGGUCAACGCGUCUUCUCCCCAGGAGUUCAUUGAUCUCAUCACGCCCAAUAUCACAGAAUUCGAACGCCACUUCAAGAAGGCCACCUUCAAGGAGGAUGCAUUCGAUUAUAGAGAGCACAUUCUCAAUAUCAAAUCCGAAUUUGGAUCCCAAUCGUGGAGUGAUGAGGCGAGCAGUAUCCUCUAUUAUUUCUGGAUUGACGUCGGAAGCCUCAUCUUCAAAAAGUGCGGUAUUGAACUGCCCGACGAGGAGUCCUCCAAGAAGGAUAUCUUCAAGGAAAAUGACGCGCUGUUCAAUGUUUUCGACAUUGCCAUUACUUACUUUUACAUCGCAGCUGGAGCACUCCUCGUGAUACUUGCCAUCAUGUACUGGUUCGGCAAGACGAAAAAGUCCCGUGAUGAAUGGGCCAGUAUCGCUCUGAGGCUUCUGGCGGGUAUGGCCCUCUGCAUGGUUCCGAUCGGGUUUUGGAAACCCAAGACCAUCUCGUCGUUCUUUAUCUCGACUUGGCUCAUUCCAGUCGUCAUGUUGAGCUACUUGGUCGUCAUUGUCUUGGACAACUUGCUCAUAUGGCAUGAAAACAGGCGACUGACAAAACAAGGCUCGAACAAUCUGGACAAAAGCUCAACGGUUUACGGUGGUGAACAGCACGAUAUGGAACAGCACCCGCUUGUGGAAAGGGCGACGUCCGGCCAUCAGUGA